AGAAGAUUUCGCAGCCCACGACUUCCUCGGCAGCCGGGUUCGGUUACGACACUUCGCCGCUUCAAGGCGCAGUAUGGAAGCCCACGCCCUUCAAUGUGCUGUUUUGUUGGCAGUUAUCCUCAUCGGUGUCACGGACGCUCAGGGUGGCUUCCUGGAACGCCCAUGCAGUCCCCGAGAGGUGUACCUCCAGUGCGGCACUGCUUGCCCGCGCAUUUGUGGACGGCCAGCACGCACCUUCUGCACGUACCAGUGUGUGAGCGGGUGCUUCUGCGCCCGUGGAUUCAUACGGACGUCAAACGGAAACUGCAUCCCCGAGAACCAGUGCUACUAUAGAGGAUGAACAGUAUUCAUCGGCAUAAAACCAUAUUUUUUGCCUACCAUGUGCGAGAGAGUAAUUUCGCUCGAGCGCACGACGUAG